GAGUGACAUUUCCCCUCAACUGAUUACCAUGAUCGGCUUCCAGUACGUCGUCGCCAAGUCACGCGAGCUGUCCUCCGCAGUCGAGCGAGAGCUCUCGGCCGCCAGCAACCGCUCGGCUCCCUUCAGCUCUGUGUCGAGCAGCAGUACCGUGGAAGUCGCGGCUCAAACUGCUGCGCCCGUCGCGCCAGAAUCUCUCGAAACUUCCGGCCGCAAUGAAGGUCAGGAGUUCCUUCGUGCUCAGCAAAAGCUAUACGCGCAGGCAACGUCCAACCAUCAGAAACUAAUCACCAGCGGCCAAGAACUCGACUCUGCAUUGAGCCGCGCCCGGGCCACGCUACAGGCUCAAGCGGCCAGCGAACAGUUCUUAGCCCAGAACUUCCACUUGGUGUCUAGAGUGCGUCAACAGCUCGCAGGGGUCCGGACCCUGGUACUUAAGCUGGCCGAGGAGGCUGACGAGGUGGAGAACUUGCUAGUGCAGCGCUGCGAGGAGAACGCGGCCCGCCAGAACGCCGAGUUCGCGGCCAAGCAACAAGAAGAGCUUGAGAAGUUCGAGACGCGGAUCGCCCAGGAGUCCGAGGGCCGCAAGCGCGAGUUGCUGGAGAUGCGACGCCAGAAGCUGGCCAGUGCCUUCAUGAAUGACCUCCGCACGUAUCAGACACUGGUGGCCCAUCAUGGAGAUGCGGCCGCGACGGAGGCCAGAAUGCUGAAGGACGAUAAGGACCAAGUGACGCUGGACGAAGUGGACUUGGUCGUCACGGCCGAUCCGGACCAACUGGAAGCAUUUUACGAGUCCGGAUCGGAACAGGAUGAAGAGGAGACGCAAAGUCCCAAGUUCUCGUCACCACCUGUCCCGAAGGAGCUGGAGGAGGAAGAGGAGAAGGAGGCUGAUGAGAAUAUUGACAAUAAAACACCCAAAGAUGAAGAAAAAGCUAGUGAAGAGGAGGAAGACAAAGCUGUGGAGAAGGAGGUUGCAGAGGAAGCGGGUGAGAGCCAAACAGAGUAGAUCGAAGUAUCAGGAAGCAGCAGAAGGCGAUAUUUAUGAACGAUCAAUUGAAUCAGCACUCGCGGUUAGCAACGAAAGCAAUCGCAGGGUCCGCGUA